CGGUGUUAAUGUUCUCCCUUCCCCUUGUCCAAAACUCCAACAAGCAUUUUUCGAUGUUUUUUUUCGAAUUAAAUAGUCGACGCUUUGAACCAAAUCAAAAGUUAUUUUGACCCUUUCCAAUAUUUAAUGACCAGCAGGAGAAUGCUAAAGUUGAUCCCCUAGUCACUGUUGCUGUAAACAUCUCGCCAACGAGGGUUUUUCAUCAGUGUAUUUCACAUUUUACAAAGUCUUGGUUGGUGAGAAACAAGAAUCAACCAAUCCUUUGAUACAGCUUCCAUUCUAUUCUUCAUUUCGUCGUCCGAAUAAAUUGGAGCAGUCUUCCCUUUCGAGAGAUGAGUGCUUCCCAUACAAAACAGAGCUCUGCUUCAGGUGCAGACAAUAAUAUAGAGUUACAAGCUCAGCCAAUGGAUCUAGCACACAAGUCCAGUCCCAUGAUAAGUUCUUCAGGAAGUGCCACAUCAGUAACCAACAGGGCAGUUGGAGAAGCUGCCAAACCAAUAUUUUUGCAGGUCAAACCAUCAGGAAGCCCACUUCCUACCAUAAGUGGGUCUGGAAUGUCAUUGGCUAGCGCUAGUGGGCCUUCUCCCACUUUGUCCACUAUUGUUCAAAAUUCUCCAGUGUCGGUUGCCGUUACCGUGCCUAUACCUAUGGCCAAGUUUCAAGCUGCAAUACGCCCAGGUGGUACAGUUACUUUGGCCCCCAGAGUGGUACCUACAGCUUUGGUAACUACAUCUGGCACCUAUGCAAAUCUGCCAUCACAUGUGCCAAAAGGGCCAGCAGCAGUGGCGAGUAUAGCUAUCCCACGAUCUGUUGUGGCGUCGGCUGCGAUUAUAAGACCAACACCUUCAGUAAGUCCUGCCAUUUCUCAAGUGACCGGAUUUACUGUUGCUAAUCGAGCUGUUAGACCCACAUCAUCUUCGGCAAUAAGGCCGAGCAGCGUCGAUGUCGGCAUUGGUGCAGCUGGUACUUUAAGUGGUACUUGGGUGACGGUAACCCAAGCUACUGCCGUAAUUCAGCCGCCCCCUGUUCCUACGUUAUACAAAGCAACCACGAACGCAGCAGCUAACACUUCUGUAAAAAGCACCACCAAUUUGGUAUUGGCGACAGGCCAUAAGUCGGCACCACAACUUACACCUGCGCCGAGUGCAAAUUCAAUAUCAAUUAUUGGACCUCCUAGAGCUUCUAUUCCUUCCCCAGCAUCAAACAUUACUCUAUUCUCGGUCAGGGGUUCUUCAAACCAAACAGUUGUUAAUUCACGUGUUCCACCCAAUCCAACUAUGACCGUUGGUCCACGUCCGGGACCGGAAGUAAUAAAAUCCACCUCAGCACUUCUUCAAACAGCUUCACAACGACCGCCAUCUAUGAUGAUUACAUCUACACCUUCUAUUCAGAAUGUUGAGAAACAUUUCAUCAAAACUGCUGCGGGAUCAGCAACCACAUCAAUCAGCGUGAACGCCAACAACCCAGCGUCUUCUCAAGCGCGUUCUUCAAUCAAUGCACCGGUGCAAAUUGCUGCAAGAACGGUUUCUCAAGUUGGAGUGAUUCCUCUCACAUCAUCUAAUUCCCUUAUUACUGCCAAUUCAGGAGUAACACCAGUGAUGUUUACCGGUGGUUUAAAAAACAUAGUGCCACUUUCAACAGUUACAGCUGUUGGAAAGGUCGGUCAACAAAGUAUUGCAGUACAAUUUCCUCAGAUGUCAAUACCUGCUGUGGGAACGAAGAUAGGAAACGCUCCGCAACCGCCUGUUGUUACUGGAACUCGACCUGCAGUUUCGAACUCGUUGUCUGUUGGAACUGGAGGAGCGACCGGCAAUUCCAGAACGUAUCUGGUUACUACCCAAGCGCCUCCUUCAGCGACUGUUCCGGUCGCCAAAGUUUUACCGCAACCGGUUGUCUCAACGGCAAUCGGACCUUCAGCUCCCAAGACCGUUAGUGUGACAUCCAAUAAUGUGCCUAGUGUCUCUUCUUCAAAUGAGACUUCUGGAACUACGUCGUCUGGUGCUUCUAUCGGGACGUACUUGCAUGCUGGAUCCCGCACUUCUGCCGCUUCCACUGAGAAUAGCGGCAAUCAGGUUUCAUAUCCGGUUGCAACUCAGCCAAGCACUCCUUCAAAAUUGAUUGGAACGUCACCCAGACCCAGCAUACUUCGUAAGCGCGACUACGAAGGUGUUCCGCUGAAGGCGCAAAAAAAUCUUACCACAACUUUAACUUCAAUGACAUCAGUAGCUAGCGCUACGCCAACCAGUAGUUCGACUGCAUCUGUGUCUUCAACUCCAGCGAUAUCUCCACCUUCACCUCGACGUUUAGACCUGGGCCUAACGCUUGGUGGGCCCAAUGGGGAUUCAUCAAGGUCUUCUAGUGGUGGAUCGACAACGUUAUCGGCUUCGUCUUCUCCGGGCAUACCACCAGAUCUCGAUGAAAGCAAUCCUACAGCCAGUGUCACAACCUCGCAAGGGUCGGCUAUUUUAGGCAAAGCCCUGUCGGGUAUUCAGGUGAAACAAGAAAUGUUGGAGAACACUGAGACAAGUGGGGCAAUUUCGUCCUUAAUGAGAAUGAGCUCCUCAUCGUCGUUCGUACACCCAGUUACUACCGAAGUUCAGAUGAGUCCAAGGAAAAAGCCGAGGAAACAGCAAUUGCUCGGCCAAGAACUUCAAGAAGUGCGUUCUAGUGACGAGGAAGUGCAUACAGGAGUUAUCAUCAAAGAAUUCAAAAUUGAGCCCGCUGUGAAACUUGAACCUAAAGAAGCGGCUGCUGUCGUCAAGCGACCUCGCGUUUCUCUGAUCAGUUCUUAUCGCCAAACCUGGAAACCGCGUAAUCAUCACUUUACUCGCUAUUCUGACGUGAAAUUGAAAGACGAACGACGUCCGACGGUCACCGAUUUAGCCAAUCAGAAGCAAAUCAUGCAAAAAGUGCACGGAUGGAAGGUCUUCCAUCUUACGGCGCAGAUAGAAGAAAUGGCUCAUUCCGAGUCGCAAGUUCACGAACGUUUGAGCUUAGUUUUGGGAAUGAUGGAAAAAUUAGGAACUGGUAAAAGUAUAGACCGUGAUCUUAUGCGCGUGAACGAACUUAUAAAGGGCAAUCUGCAGCGGAGUAAAGUAAUUCAGGACGGGUUAGAAGAUUCGAAGAAUCAAGUGCAAAAGAUAUUUGAUCAUAAGCCCCGUGCAGAAGAAAUUAUCCAGCGUUACAUGUACAAACGAUUGGCCAAAAAGCGAGAAAAGUUAUAAGCUGCAUACUUAUGAAUUUAUUUUCCCCCUAAAAGACUAAGUAAUAAAAUACUUUAGUAGCGCGUGUAUUUCCCAACAGCAUAAUUUCCGUAAUUGCUUUUUAUAAACGAUUGAAGAUUUGCAUUGUUUUGACAUGUAAUACAUUUCAUUUCAUCCCUAA